AUGGGAUCACAAUUAUUUAAAAAAGGAGUAGAUAAACUAUAACCACCAACCAAAACAUUCUUCGAAUUUGAACUUAAUAACAUCGAUGGUUAGAAAACCCAACUUUCUCAAUUUUAAGGAAAAAAAGCUUACAUUUGUGUAAAUGUUGCCUGUUCAUGUGGAUUAACAUCCUCAAACUACAGCGAACUUGUAGAACUCUAUAAAUCAUACAGUGCCUAAGGUUUAGAGAUUUUAGGAUUUCCUUGUAAUCAAUUUAUGGGUUAGGAAUCUUAACCAGAACCUGAGAUAAAGGAGUUCGUUAUAUCCAAAUAUGGAGUUUCAUUUCCAUUAUUUUAAAAAAUUGAAGUUAAUGGUUAAAACACUCAUGAGAUUUACAGAUAUUUAAGAUUAAACAGCACUCUAAAAGUUAACUCUAAUGAAGCAAAGGAAGUGCCAUGGAAUUUUGGAAAAUUCCUACUUAACUCAUAGGGUCAAGUGGUGAAAUUUUAUCAUCCAGAUAUCAAACCAAAAGAAAUGUUAUAAGAAAUUGAGAAAUUGUUAAAUCAAUGA